UUGAGUAGUUGACGUAUGAAGUAUGAUCUUGCAAUAGUGUAAUUCUGUCCUAUCCUACGUGAAUUUGAAGUUUUGUGGACAUUAAUUAUUUGUGCGUGAACAAACAUAAUAUUGUGUUGUGUGUUUUUAUUAUUGGAUUUAUUUACAGCAGAUAGAAGGACCCUACAUAAAACAUGGAUUCAUUUAAUUUUAUCGAACCAAUCGAAGUUGUCACUUAUAUCGAUGAUUCUGAUAGUAACAGUGGAAAUAGUAAUGAAAUAGAUAGUAGACAAAGAAAUUCGGGGGAAAACAGGUCAAAUAAUGAUGUUUGGACUAAAAGUAAUUUACAACAGAAAAUCUACCUACAAUGUCGAGAAAAUUUAGCACAACGUUUCAAUAAAAACGUGGCUCCAGCCACGUCUUUUACAAGCCCAGUUUCAAAUAUUGUCUACUUUGAGAUAAUACCAGAUUUUAUUGUACAUCAUAUUUUCGAAGUUUUUAAACUUUUAAAAGGGGUAUAUUUUCAGCAAGAGAGAUAUAAAAUCUUUGACUUGUAUUAUCAUCAUAUAACCUAUACAAGGGAUGUGCUAUUACCGAGAUUCCAAGAUUCUGCAUUCAUAGAUCAAAUUUCAAAACACAUUCAACACAUUGCACAAAGAAGAGGUACAUAUUUUAAAGAUUCGGAAACAAUAAUGUUUCUUUUUGACCUUUUAACAUGGUGCCAUCAAAAGAUAAGACAUUUCACUCCGGACUAUACUUACAUGAAUCCCGGAAAUAUACCUCCCAAUAAAAGACAUGGCUACAAUAUGGAAGUAAUAAAUGGGACAAGUAAAAAUAAUCAAGACCCCUUUACAACACAAGCAAGUGCUACCGUUUGCCGAAAAAAUAACAGUAGAAAAGCUAAUACUAGAGAAGUACGCAGAGAUACAACCAAAGUAAUAUCAGAACAUAGUACUCGACGUCUUUUCUCUAUUGGUCUACCCGGCAAUGAAGUUAGUAUAGAUGUAAGUUCGAGUUUGUAUGACUCCAUAUCAAAAGAAAUUGAUGGUUCCAACAAUCUCAAUCCGAUAAAAAGCCGCACAGAAGGAAACACUGGAUUAAGUUCUGAUUCGACUGCAGCAACAGGAUUACCUACUCGAUCGUCACUAUCGAGAGAUAGUGGAAUUUGUAGUCCUCUUAACACUGAUGCUAGUAAUAAUAUGUACCUUUCCGUGGUGGAGUCUCCAGAGAUGAACGAAAACGUGUAUAGCCGGCUUGGUGAAAAACUCAAUGAAAGUGGCCUAUACGGAUUGUGCUGUGUUUGCCGUAAUGUAACAAAGUUUAAGUGCAAAGGUUGCUUUUGGCUGUACUACUGUAGUAAUAAAUGCCAGGAAUCGCAUUGGCCUUUACAUCAGACAACGUGUUUUAGGAAAUCUUAAAAAAAUGAUAAAUCCAUGAAGCUCUAUAACUGACUGAAGAAAUUUUUUUAUAAUUUUGUAUGUACAAUUAAAAUUUAAAUAUUAUAA